UAACGAGGUAGUCGCGCUGUACUCGCGAUUCCCAUAUCGCGUUCACAUUACUCACGUGCCCCCCAACAGAAUUGCUGGCCUUAUGCUUUAGGAAAUGCUGCCGUAAUGAGUUUGCUGCCAGCUAAAGAGUAAACACUUUAAUGCAUGUAAUCGAAUUCUGAGCACUGAGCUAGCCGGGGAAGAUCAAGGUAAACGUUUCAGUUUCUGGGCUUUUCGGGGCUACGAAAGCCACCACUUUGUGUAAUGAAUGUGUCCCUAGUGCAAUCGAGUUGUGUAAAGGAAAUGUAAUGUGCAUUCAACCAAAUAUCGAAUGAUUUCGGAGGAGAACUUGUUGUGUUUUGUUCGAGGAGUUUUGCAUCCAAACAUCCCGUCAAGAGGGUUGCAGAUCCCAGGUGCAACCUGAGCUCUGAAAUGCAAAUCAGUUUGUUCGGCGAAUGUUGAGUGAACGAAUCAACAAUUGAUUGACGGUGGACCUUUGUUGAUGUUUAAAGAUAAUUGCAGUGCAUGCGAGGAAGUGAAGAAGUGCAGGUUUGGUAUCUUUUCGGUGAUAAAAUUGACUGCGCUUGCAUGUAAAAUGAGUUCCGGUCACUUUAUCUCCGCGUUAGCAUUAUAUGUGCUCUGGUUCGCAUGCGUUGGACUCUGUAGCGAUAAUAUGAGCUCUGAUGCGAAUGAAAUCCAUCAAUCGGGGAAGGAGCGAAGACAGCGUGGCAAUGGCUCCAGUGUCGGUUGGACGAAUAUUAACAAGGAAGUCGAUAUGGCGUUGCAAAUGAUUUGGCCCAUUAUGGUGCAGAAGGGCUAUACCAGCAUCGAGCUUCCUGACAUGACGGAAAGUCUGUCAGUGAAGCCAUUGUUCAUCACAUACACGGCCAGAUUAUGGUUAACUAAUGGACUACUGUACAACAUCCAGGGAAUAAGCCGAGAUGGUGACGCCAUGAUGACAUACCAUAAUAAAUCAUUUCAAUUUCGAGCGGAUCUUGUCGUCAGAAAUGUCGAGUUCGUGUACGACUAUAAGCUCGCUGUAAUUGGUUUUCAAGUACGCGGGAAAGUUGGUGGUGCAGUACAAGACACCAUCCUCGCAGCAGACUUCUCAAUUUCAGUGGAGGAUGCGAAUAUUCGAUUAAACAAUUUUCAAAUAAUAUCGUUCGGGAAUAUCGACAUCCAACUGAAAUACAUUCCGAUUAUGAGGGAACUAAGCAGCUCAAUCCUACGCCCUAUUACGGAUUUGUUCAAGGACCGCAUCAUUACUAUUGUGGCGGAGGCCGUGCGAAUUAAGUUGGAGAAGUUGAUCGACGACAUCAACGAAAAUGACCGGCUACACUUUAAGGAGUUCGGACGAAUUACUCUGUCUGGGCUUAUAGGCGAAUACAAGGGGUAGUAUUGGAUUAUUUUAUCACUUUGUUCUUGUUAGAUACUUUAGUCCUUUUGUAAAUAAAGUCUUGUUUAAAUUGAAA